GAGGAGAGGAGUCUUAUCCUUCUCUUGUGCUGUAAAUCAAGAAGCAGGCGAAGGUUUUAAGAUGAUUUCCGGGAAGGAAUUCUACGAGGUGAUGGUGGCAAUGGUGCCGCUGUACGUGGCGAUGAUCCUGGCGUAUGGCUCGGUGAGGUGGUGGAGAGUCUUCUCGCCGGAGCAGUGCGCCGGAAUCAACCGUUACGUGGCUCUCUUCGUGGUUCCAUUCCUGUCCUUCGACUUCAUCUCAAAGAAUGACCCUUACAACAUGAACUUUCGCUUCAUCAUGGCCGAUGUCAUCCAGAAGCUCAUCGUCCUGGCAGCGCUGGCCGUCUGGGCCCUCGUCGGCGGUCGCCGGGCCGGACUUGACUGGACCAUCACCAUCUUCUCCAUCUCCACCCUCCCCAACACCCUCGUCAUCGGCAUUCCCCUGUUCCUAAGCAUGUACGGCGAUGGCUCAGCCCCUCUCCUGUCGCAGAUCAUCGUCAUGCAGUGCAUCGUCUGGUUCACGCUUCUGCUCAUCCUCUUAGAGUGCCGGGCCGCGAAGAUCAUGAUCGCUGAUCAGUUCCCCGGCGCGUCCUCUGGCGCUAUCGCUUCAAUCACUGUCGACCCCGAGGUCGUUUCCCUGGGCAACCUCGACGUCGACGACCCGAUCGAGACAGAGUCCUGCGUCGAUGACGACGGCAAGCUCCACGUUGUCGUCCGGCGAUCCAGCGCUUUCAGAUCCGACCUCAACCACUCACGCAAUUCCUUCGAUUUUACCUCCAGCUUCUCCAACGAUGAUAUCUACCGGCAGCAGUCGUUGCGCUACCCCUCCGGCGAAGGGGCGCGGCGGUCAUCGAGCUAUAGUGAGGCCAAGCUCAACACCCGGUUGCCAAGGUUCCGCCACCAAAUGCCGUAUAGCUCUCCUCAGCCGACGCCAAAUCCUUCCGUCUCCACUACCUCACUCACAGGGGCGGCCAGCCGACAGCCCCACCUCCAAAAAGCAGCGAACGGCGGGAAUAAGGACCUUCACAUGUUCACGCGGAGCUUCAGUGCUUCACCAGCCAUCCACGCGUUCAGAAAGUCGCCGGCAGCGGAGCACCAAGUCACAGCAGCAGUUACUACGGCCGAAUUGCCAGAGGAGUUAAGCAUCAACAACAAAACGUUCGAGGAAGACGAAACAGCUCCACCUCACCAAGGAGGCGAUGGGAAGACCAAAGAGGAGGCGACCGCCGACAAAAGAUGCCCCGGGGAAGUAACGGCCAUGCCGCCGACAGUCGUGAUGAUGAAGCUCAUCCUGACCAUGGCCGGGCGGAAGCUCAUCAGAAAUCCCAUUACCUAUUCCACCUUGAUCGGCCUCAUCUGGUCUCUCGUAAAAUUCAGGUGGGACUUGGAGCUCCCCAGGAUCAUAGAUAAGUCCUUGGAAUUGAUCCAGAAUACCGGCCUCGGCAUGGCCAUGUUCGGCCUCGGUAUGUUCAUGGCGCUGCAAUCGAGACUCAUAGCAUGCGGGUACAAGCUCGCGAUAUACGGCAUGGUCCUGAAGUUCCUCCUCGGCCCAGCCGUCAUGGCCAUACCCUCAGCAGCAUUCGGCCUGCGCGGCGAUCUCUUGCGGAUCGCCAUUGUCCAGGCAGCUAUGCCUUGCAGUGUUGUUUCCUUCGUGUUCGCGAAAGAGUACAAUUUGCACGCGGACAUUCUCAGCACAGCAGUGAUCACAGGGAUGAUCGUUACUGUGCCCGUAGCGCUGGUUUACUACAUCCUCUUGGGCCUAUGAAACCGAUCUUCUAACUCACUCACUAUUACAAUUAGAUGCAGCUUUACCGACCUGGUUUUGUUGUCGAUCGAACAGGCCUUCUUCAAGCUCUAUCCUAUAAUUGUCAUUGUUUUAUGUUUGCCAUGUGCGAGAGACCGGGCCUUCUUGUUCAUGUGCCCAUGUAAUGCCUUCGUUUUGAUUGUUCGGCACAUGUUUAUGUGGCCAUCCCUUCCUUUUGCCUCGCAAAAGAACGCAGAGAAACUUGUGCCUUUCCCAGAACAAAUUGCACUGUUGGAAUUGUAAAUCAAAUUGCA